GAAAACAUCCACAUCUCUCCUUCGGUAUGCAACUCCAACUGUGACAACAACAAUACACUCUGCCACAGUGUAGAGUUAGCGUACUUAGCUGAUGAAUGAUGAAGGUACCCUUCUGUAGUUCUCUCCAACGACAACAGUUGGCCAAAACAAAACAAAAAUAAAUAGUAAAUGAAAUUUAACUCAAGACGCUUACCACAAACGACAACUUCUUCUAUCUCUUUUCAAUCCUUCCAUUUUUUCACACACACUCCUAUCUACAUUCAAACAGCACACUCUCUGUUUCAUUCACAAUUCAAAUCUCAAUCACCAUGUCUGACCAAGAAGGUGGCAAAGGGUCUCCCAAAUCUUCGUCUUUGAGUCCCUAUGAAGAAGCAAUGGAGGCCUUGUCGUCUUUGAUCACUAGACGCACUCGUGCUGAUGAUAGCAACGUGGGGGAUCAGUUCAGCCUGUUAUAUGAUUACCUGAAGAUGCUAGAGUUGGAGGAGCCAAUUGCAAAUAUGAAGGUUAUCCAUGUGGCUGGGACCAAAGGGAAGGGAUCUACCUGCACCUUCACGGAAUCUAUAUUGCGUAACUGUGGUUUUCGCACUGGUCUCUUCACAUCUCCUCACCUCAUUGAUAUCCGAGAGAGAUUUCGUUUAGAUGGUAUGGAAAUUUGUGAAGAGAAAUUUUUAGCAUACUUCUGGUGGUGUUAUGAUAGACUAAAGGAAAAAACUGAUGACAAUAUUCCAAUGCCUACCUAUUUUCGUUUCCUUGCUUUACUUGCCUUUAAGAUAUUUGCAGCAGAGCAGGUAGAUGUUGCUAUAAUGGAGGUAGGAUUAGGUGGAAAAUACGAUGCAACAAAUGUGGUUCAGGCACCUAUUGUAUGUGGAAUAACUUCUCUUGGGUAUGACCACAUGGAGAUUCUUGGGAAUACUCUGGGAGAAAUUGCCGGUGAGAAGGCUGGUAUCUUCAAGAAUCGGAUUCCAGCUUUUACAGUGCCUCAACCUGAUGAAGCAAUGCAUGUACUUGAAGAGAAGGCUUCUCAAUUAAAUGUACCUCUUCAAGUGCUAACUCCAUUAGAUGCCAAAUUGCUAAAUGGUUUGAGACUUGGUCUUGAAGGCGAGCACCAAUAUUUAAAUGCUGGUCUUGCCAUUGCACUGUGCUUUACAUGGCUGAAAAGGACUGGGCAUGUUGGAGAUAUUAAUUUGGAACAAACUGACACUUUGCCAGAGCAGUUCAUAAAAGGGUUAACAAGUGCAAGUUUGCAAGGAAGGGCUCAGAUUGUUCCUGACCAACACAUCAAGAGUGAAAGGUCAAAUGAACUUGUUUUCUUUUUAGAUGGGGCUCAUAGUCCUGAAAGCAUGGAAGUGUGUGCAAGGUGGUUUUCUCUAGCCAUUAAAGAAUACAACCCGGACCAAACCUUGUUUCAUCAGCAACUUAAUAAUUCUAAAUUGCCACAUGAAGUAGUGAAGAGCACACACCACGGCGAAAGAGGAUCCCAGAGAAAUUCCACUCCGAUAUUGCUGUUCAAUUGUUUGACUGUACGAGAUCCACAGUUGCUUCUUCCUCAGCUGAUGAAAACAUGUGCUGAUCAUGGUGUCUACUUCAAGAAGGCGCUCUUUGUACCAAGUUUAUCUGUGUUUAAUAAAGUUGGACCCCAGGCUUUUACACCGGCUGAUUCCAAAGUUGAUCUGUCAUGGCAGUUCAAUCUUCAAAGAGUGUGGGAAAAUCUCAUGCAAGGCAGCAAAGCAGGUAGAAGUACUGACAUUGUUUCUGAAGAACUAAAAGAUGAUAUGGAAAUGAGUGUCAGUAAUUGUGAUCAUAGUGCAGUGUUUUUGUCAUUGCCAUUGGCAAUCAAAUGGCUCAGGGACAGAGUGCAACAAAAUCAAUCAGUUCGUUUUCAGGUCCUUGUGACUGGCUCUUUACAUCUUGUUGGUGACGUGUUGAACUUGGUCAAGAAGUGAUUCGUUGGACAAAUUUGAAGAUUCCUUCGAGAUAGAGAUUUCCAUUCUAAAGCUAAAACAGUCCAUAAUUUGAUGAGUUUUCUCUGGCAUUGACACAGUCCAUUGCAGGGGUAGUUGUGCACUUUGUUCUGAAAAUCCAACACCAUUGGACAUUCAUUUGAUACAUCCUAUAUUCAAGAAAUGUACAUCCAGUUUGAUACAUCCGGCCCAUUGGUUCAUUCUCACGUUUUUAUAUUUGUUUCUUACGUAACAAUUUCCCCAUAUUCAAUGAUUUAGUAGUUCAAACUUUCAAAA